GAAAACCAGAGAAGAGGGGAGGGAGAGAGAGAAAGUGAGAUAGAAGAGAGUGGUGGUUGUGAGAUAGCCAGCCAUGGGAAGGCCUCCAUUCUGUGAUAAGGUUGGCAUCAAGAAAGGUCCCUGGACUCCAGAAGAAGACAUCAUCUUGGUCACCUACAUCCAAGAACAUGGACCUGGAAACUGGAAAUCAAUACCUACAAACACUGGUUUGAUGAGAUGCAGUAAGAGUUGCCGAUUGAGAUGGACUAACUACCUCCGACCAGGAAUUAAGCGUGGAAACUUCACCCCGCAUGAAGCAGGAAUGAUCAUCAAUCUACAAGCUAUGCUAGGCAACAGGUGGGCAGCCAUUGCUUCUUACCUUCCUCAGAGAACAGAUAACGACAUCAAGAACUACUGGAACUCCCACCUGAAGAAGAAGAUCAGAAAGUAUCCAACAACAGCUAACAGCUACAUGACUCCAUCUAAUUUAACCAUUACCUGCAAUGAGCUUAUAUCCAAUGGCUACAGCAGUGAGACCGGAAAUUCAGGCAUCUCCACCAUCCAUUCCCCUCUCCUCAGGUCCAACCAUAGCACCUCCACCUACGCAUGGAGCACCGAGAACAUCUCAAGACUCUUAGAAGGGUGGACGAGGUCCUCUCCAAAGGCCAAUCUCAAGCCAGAUCGAGGUGAACAAUAUCAAAGCGUUCAUGCCUUCAACGACAGCAGCAGCAAUGCUACCAACCAACCAUAUGUUAAAAAGGAGGAACUUAAGAGCGGCCAAGAAUGCGGCGAUCCUAUUUCCCAAGCAUAUAUUAAGAAUGAUGGAGAAUGCUGUGGUUCCAUUCCCCACAAAGAGCUCGUGUCGUUGUUCUCGUUUGAAAACUCGAGUGGCAAUGCCUGGGAGAAAUCAUUUGUUGACUCGACAUCCUAUAAGCCGCAGUCCACAUUAGCUGAUGCUGAGAACAACCAGAGAUUGGACAGCCAACAGCACAUUCCUUUGUCUUUGUUGGAGAAAUGGCUGCUGGAUGAGGCCACAGGGCAAGCAGAUCUCGUGGAGCUAUCUGCUGGCUGUUGCUCAGAAGCUAUGCCGCAAUAGUUCUUAUCAUGCCCUUCUAAUGUCUUUAUUAGCUGUGCAUAAGAUGAAUGCAAGAUCAAUACAUUUGAUUGCUGUUAUUAGUAUUUAGGAAUACUUAAAGACAAACAAAGAUUGUAGUAAAUUUGUGGAGCUGAGUUUUAUGAAUCAUCUGAAAUAAAAUCUACUGUUCCACUUUUA